UCACAGCGUAGCUUACACUUUAAGCGGUAGUUUAGCCGCAAUCCUUCGUAGACACCAUUAAGGGUCUCAUGGACCAUUCAUAGACUUACCGAUAUUGCAUUGGAAUGCUUUUGAGGCUCCCCAUGCGGCUCAGCAAAUUUGAUGCUCACCAGUAGCAUUGGCAUCGGAACUUCAACAAAUGAUGUCGGACUCCAUGAAAGACGGCAACUUCAUACCCGUGGUUGCACCAGGCAACAACCGGACGUUGAAUAUCCCAACUUGAAAGACGUAUAAAGAUGCCUUGACAUCCUCAACUCAGUCAGGAAGAAAUAGCCAAACAUCACUCACCCAUUUCACCCAGUCUUCACCCUCUUACCACUCUCACAAUGAUCACCUACCGCUUCCUCACUCUCGCCUCCCUGGCCCUCGCCCUGCCCCUCGCAGCAGCGGCCCCAACCGUCUCCGAGGCCCUCGAAAUCCGUGAGGUCUUCUCCUUCGAGAAAUGGGUCGACUCCAUCAUCGCCAACCCCGACACAGCUCUAUCUCCCGAGCAGGCUAUCGAGGCAUGGACUGCCUCGACCAACGGCACUUCGUCCGAGGCUCUGUCAAAGAGAGCGGCUUCUUGUGUGGGAAUGGCUGAUCAGGCCUAUGUCCCCGACGCAAUAAUCUGCAUCAACACACUGGCCUCCCUCGGCUCGCAAGCCUGCGUCGCCAACGCCGUGGCCGUCUUCUGGACCCACGGCCGCGCGCAGGUGGUGGGCGUCGCGGGACCCGUCGCGUACGUGUCGACCACGUGCCAGAAGGUGGCCGAGACGGCGGGCAAGAUCAUGGAUCAGUGCACCAGUGGGCAGUUCACGGGCGGGCAACUGUCGAAUGUGGCUGAUAACCGGAUGGCGGUUCAUUUGAGGUUGCCUUCUUAGGUGUCAUGACUAUGCAGGGCUGUUGGUAUAACUGCAGAACUGCUUGGUGCUGCUUUUGUUUUCUUAUAAAGCAGGGGGAAAAUGGGGACACAAAAAUUAGAGAACGGGAGGAAGAGUAGAGUGUG